CAGUGGGUCUAGUGUGAGCCACAAGACAUCAAGGGGAAAGUCCCGGAUAUUGUCAUGCGUGAGAGCAUCUAAUUAAUCAUCAACCCUGUAACGUGACCUCCAGCCUAUAAAAGGGGAACCAUCGGAGUCUUGAAAACCUUACCACUGGCCUUCACAGACGUCUCUAGAUCCAAGGACUAGGAGGAGACGAGGCUAAUGGGUGCCCGCCUCAGCCCCGAGGCCAACGCUGGGGUGUCCCGCGAGGCCCUUAGUUUCCACGGGGAUGCCACCGGCACACAGGUGCAUCUGGAUGAGCAGCGGAGCACGGCGCACAGGCGCGCCACGUUCCAUGACGGCAUCGUGUUCAGCCAGCGGCCAGUGUGGCCCGGUGAGCGUGUAGCGCUGCGCGUGCUGCGACACGAGGACGGCUGGUGCGGUGGCCUCCGCGUGGGCUUCACGCGCCUGGACCCUGCACACGUGGCCGCGUCCUGCCUGCCGCCCUUCGUGUGCCCGGACCUGGAAGAGCAGAGCCCCACGUGGGCAGCGCUGCUUCCAGAGGGCUUGGUUCGCGCGGGGAAUGUGGUCUGCUUCUGGGUGAACCGGAGAGGCUGGCUCUAUGCGAAGGUCAACGCGGGCCGUCCCCUCUUGCUGCGCAAAGACGUGCUGGUCCAGGGCGCCCCGCUCUGGGCGGUGAUGGACGUGUAUGGAACCACCAAAGCCAUUGAGCUGCUAGAUCCCAAAGCCAGCGCCUGGAUCAUCAAUGGAGAGGCUGUACCCGAGUCUGAAGUCACAUCGGGAGAGGAGUGUGUCAUCUGCUUCCACAACACUCCCAACACCCGCCUAGUCCCCUGCGGUCACUCAAACCUCUGCAGCUCUUGUGCCUGGCACAUCUUCAGAGACUCGGCCAGGUGCCCCAUGUGCCGCUGGCAGAUUGAGGAGGUGUCUGUAGAACCUUCUCUGAAGACUGGAGAAGGCUCCUGAAGAGAGAGCUCCCUGGAGUGGGUGGCAGCAGGACCUGGCUCUGGGACAGGAGGGACCUCAGCAAGCAGGGCCACAGGCCACCAAGCCUGAUCUAGCUGUGAGGGAGGCUCAGCCACUCCUUCCCCAGCACAAGUUUGGAAGAGGUUGCUAUGGCAAAGAGAAAUCUUUCUGGCCACGUUGGCAAGUCCCCAGUGUAGCAGGGACAGCCCGAGCCCUCACAUUUUACAGUGGAGGAGACGAAGGGAUGGGUCUGUGUCUGACAGACGUACCAGAAGCAGGGACAUGUAUCAGGGUGAUUUCCAUGCUGAUUUGUGAGGCAGCAAAAUAAAGUUUGUUUUUGUA